UAGGGUUGUUACAUUGUGGUGGACGGCGCGUGUUCAGACCAUAGAGUAAUAUAUUACCUACUCUAUGGUUCAGACACGGCAAACACAGUGAAGCUCCGGCGAUCACAGUGCUCGUGAGGCAUCCGUGACAGAAAUAAAAGUACGUCGUCAACGAUAUUAUUUGUUUUUCACGGACGUCAAAACACAAAUUUGAUUAACGUAAUGAAUGAUGAACUUUUGAUUGAGUUAGUGCAGAAAAGACCGGUUCUUUAUGAUUUAAAGAACCCAAAAUAUUUAAAUGCCGAUUGGAAGGGCAGAGUAUGGCAGGAAAUUGGCGAGAAAAUGAAGAUUGAUGGUGGUAAUUGCAAAACAAGGUGGAAUAACAUACGAAACAACUUCAGAAAAUCUUUGAGUAAAAGAAGAACCACAAGUGGACAAUCUUCUAAAAAAAUGAAACAGUACAGAUUUGAAAGCCAGCUACAGUUUUUGCUGAAAUACAUGGAAGAAUGUAAAACAGAGGGGAACAUUGGAUGUCCUGACACUGAAUAUGCAGAAAUUGAUAAUGACGAUGAAGCAAAAGAAUCUCAAACAACCGAUACAUCUAAUUCUCCAGAAAUAGACGAUAUACUUUCUUCCUCUGCUGUUGUGUUUACUAAGCCUGUUAGAAAAAAGAACACCCAACCUGAGGCAGCAGCUUCUACACUCAUGAAGUAUAUACUUAAAGAAGAGAAAAAAUCGAGCACAAGUGGACAACCUACUGUAACUUUGGACAAUCCCAUUGACUGUUUCCUGUUUGGGAUAUCGCCAACUUUAAAAUUGCUACCUCCAUACUUGCAAAAUUUAGCAAAGACCGAAAUUUUUUCUACAGUGCAAAAAUUUGAAUUACAUACGAUGCAAAUGUCCUAACCUAAGGAUUCAAACCAA